AUGGAGUGGAUAGUCACGAACGAUGACCGGAAGAAGUUAAAAGUGCUCGAAAAGUAUGCUCCAGAAAGCAAGAAAGAUGUUUUGCGUAAAAUUGGCGCCAAGAGUUACUUGAAUAUGGAGGACAUUAAAGCUGUUAAGGAUACAACAUAUCGUGCAUCUCCCGAGUUCAGAGCGAAAACCGAGGCACUGCGUAAAAAGCAGGAAAACAUGGCUUAUAAGAGGAUUGUACAGUCAGUUGACCCCACACAGAAAUAUGGAAAAGUCAACCUUAUGGAAGAUUUUGGUGCUGAGUUAAAGAAUGUAAAUCGACAACUGAUGUCCAUUUUCAAUGUUGUUCUCACUGUAGUUUGCGCUUUCUUUUUCGGUUUUUCUGGUGUACAGUUUGCCUAUCCACAUUUACAUCUUGACUUAGCCACUCGUUUCCUUAUCGGCCUCGUCCCCGCAACGAUAGUUUUCUUUGCUGAUUUGUAUUUUGUUGUAAGAAGCAUGGAUAUGGAUAUGCACUCUGGAACCCAG